AUGUUCAAGUUAAAUUUGGAAUCUUCCAAAUUUCUCAAAAAUCCAGAUGUGCUAAAUAGGAGGUUAAAUAAGGGGAGAGAUGUGUCAAAUUUUAUGAUUAGGGCGAGCUACGCUGCAAUAUUCUCAGCGUUUUUAAUAAAUUUGAUAGUCCUAUACAUUCCUUUGAUCAAUUUUCUAGAUAAUUCGCUGGGUCACGGAAUAUCGCUCUUUAUGAGUAGAACUGAUCCACAAAGGGUCACAUUCUACUGUACAGAAGUUGUCUAUCUUUUCAUCUUCUAUCCUAUGGCCAUAUUGACAAUUUCUACCAAACGAAGUCUACUUGCCUGCAAUGUUUUGUUGAAUUGGAUCAAUGUAGGCAUGCUCUUGGCCCUUCUAUCUAUGCCAUAUACCAGGUAA